AUGGCCAUAAUGAAACUAGGCACAAUGUCGCUGAGGUAUACGUGGAGGUUGCUGAGUAUCCUGUACGCGGAUGCUGGUUUUUCCGACCACGUGAGGAGUAUCAGCACAACAGCAGACAUCCAUAAACGUCAUUCCAAUUAUGUUGCCGAGGCUGCUUAUCGUCGUGAAGACAGUCAAGGCGGGUUUGGCGUUACUGGAUCCUAUCACAUUGACUAUAAACUGGAGAGCUAUGUCGCUUGA